UUCAACAAAGGUCAGAACGACGAACGACGACAACAAAAAUUCCCCUUUCGUCUCUCUCGUACAAUCUCCAUCGUCAACCCCAAACUCCGCUAGGGUUUCUUCCUCCUCCUCCUCCUCUCUCUCUCGCGCUUUCUCUCUACAAUGCGCUCUCAUCUCAAACCCUAAUUCUCUCCCCAUCCCCAGCAAUGGAGCCCUCGCUCCUCGAAGAUUUUGGCCAGCGAGUCGAUCUCACGAGAAGAAUCCGCGAAGUUUUGAUAAAUUAUCCCGAGGGGACUACCGUUCUGAAGGAACUGAUCCAGAACGCCGACGAUGCGGGGGCCACCAAAGUCUGCCUCUGCCUGUCCCACGGCACGGAGUCGCUGCUGUCGGCCGAGCUCGCUCAGUGGCAGGGGCCGGCUCUUCUUGCUUACAAUGAUGCUGUGUUUACAGAGGAUGAUUUUGUUAGUAUUUCGAGGAUUGGGGAUAGUAGGAAGCACGCGCAGGCUUGGAAAACUGGCCGAUUUGGGGUUGGCUUUAACUCGGUUUACCAUUUAACUGAUCUUCCAUCAUUUGUGAGCAACAAGUAUGUCGUCCUAUUCGACCCCCAGGGCGCAUAUCUUCCAAAUGUUUCGGCUGCAAAUCCUGGAAAACGUAUUGAGUAUGUUAGUUCUUCAGCCAUAUCACUUUAUAAAGAUCAGUUUAUGCCAUAUUGUGCUUUUGGAUGUGACAUGUCAAAGCCUUUCCAUGGAACUUUAUUUCGUUUCCCUUUGAGGAGUGCAGAUCAAGCGGCUGGCAGUAAGCUUUCACGGCAAGCAUACUCCACAGAUGAUAUUUCUUAUAUGUUUUCUCAACUCUACAAAGAAGCUAUUUUCAGUCUGCUUUUCCUUAAAAGCAUCAUCUCAGUCGAAAUGUACAUAUGGGAUACUGGUGCAGCUGAGCCACAAAAAAUUUACUCAUGCUCUGUCACGUCGGCUGAUGAAAAUACAGCAUGGCAUCGGCAGGCACUUGUGAGAUUAUCUACUUCAGUGGCAUCUUCUAAUGCGCAGAUGGAUUUCUUUUCACUGGAUUUUCUGAGUGAAGCCACUUCAGCUACAGUUUUAGAGAAGAGAGUUGACAAGUUUUUCAUAGUACAAGGAAUGGCAUCAGCCUCCAGCAAACUUGGUAUGUUUGCUACUAUGGCUGCUAAAGAUUAUGACCUUCACCUAUUGCCUUGGGCAUCUGUUGCUGCACAUAUAUCUGAUAGUUCAUCUGAGGAUACUCUUCUUAAGGAAGGCCUAGCAUUCUGUUUUCUUCCCCUGCCUGUUAGGACAGGGCUGACCGUGCAAGUGAAUGGUUACUUUGAAGUUUCCUCCAACAGACGCAACAUAUGGUUUGGAGUUGACAUGGAUAGGGGUGGGAAACUUCGUUCUGACUGGAAUAGGCUUUUAUUGGAGUAUGGAGUAGCUCCAGCCUUUAGUGAGCUUCUGCUUGCCGCUCGUAAGCUUCUGGGUCCCACUGACCUGUAUUAUUCUUUGUGGCCAAGUGGUGCAUUUGAGGAACCAUGGAACAUAUUAGUGGACUGCAUCUUCAAGAUAAUCUAUUUAAACCCUGUAUUAUAUUCCAAUUCUGGAGGUGGGAAUUGGAUAUCACCAGCUGAAGCAUAUAUUCAUGACAUGAAAUUUUCGAAAAGUAAUGAUCUUAGUGAAGCUCUUGUUUUGUUGGGUAUGCCUAUUGUUCAUUUGCCCAAGGUUCUUAUUGAUAUGUUUUUCAAGUACUUUACCAAUUUUUCGCAGAGGAUGGUUAGUCCUGAAGCAGUACGGAAUUUUAUCAGGAGAUGCCGAACUUUGGAUAUUUUAAGCAGUUCUUACAAGUUUGUUUUGUUAGAAUAUUGUCUUAGUGAUUUGAUUGAUUCUGACGUAUCUAAACAUUCUAAAGGCCUUCCGUUGCUUCCUUUAGCAAAUGGUAAGUUUGGCAAUUUUUCAGAAGCCUCACAAGGAAUAUGCUACUUUAUUUGUGACGAGCUGGAAUAUAAAAUUCUGAGUGUAGUUCCUGAUAGAGUAAUUGACCGCAACAUUCCUCUUCACUUAUUUAGCAGACUUUCUCAAAUUGCCAGCAGUUCUAAUGCUAAUCUUGCAUUCCUAGAUGGUCAAAGUUUCCUCCAGUUCUUCCCUUGUUUUUUCCCUGCAGAUUGGAAAUUUAAAAACAGAGUUUCAUGGGAUCCAGAGUUGGGUACUACCUGCCAUAUGGCAGCUUGGUUUGUGCUUUUCUGGCAGUAUCUUCAAGAUCGGUCUUACGAUUUAUCAAUAUUCAGUGAAUGGCCUAUAUUGCCAUCUAGUUCAGGACACCUUUAUAGAGCUUCAAAAUUCUCAAAGUUGCUUGAUGCAGAAAACUUAUCCAAUACUAUGAAAGAAAUUCUUGUAAAAAUUGGCUGUAAAAUACUAGAUUCGAACUUUGUGGUCAGACAUUCAGAUCUAUCUCUAUAUGUGUAUAAUGGCGAUGCUGCUGGUAUUCUGAAUUCAAUUUUUGAGUCCAUUUGUUCAAACUAUAAUCAGUUGCAGAUUCUUUUUCAAGAUUUAUCUGUCGAUGAGAAAACUGAGCUCUAUCAUUUUUUCCUUGAACCAAAGUGGUAUUAUGGCUGCUCUCUGUCUGAUCUUCACAUAAAGAAUUGCAGAAAGCUACCUAUUUUCAGAGUCUAUGCUGGGGAAGUUACAAAUAAUCCCCAGUUUUCUAAUUUGGAAAGCCCUGAGAAGUACUUACCACCUGCUGAUAUACCUGAAUACUUUCUAGGUGGUGAGUUUGUCCUCUGUACAUCUCUCAGUGUGGAAGAGAUUUUGCUAAGAUAUUAUAAAGUUGAACGCAUGCAAAAGCCAAAAUUUUACAGACAACAUGUUUUGAAUAAACUAGGUGAACUGCGACCAGAUAUGCGUGAUGUAAUCAUGCUGUCCAUCCUUAAAGAGCUACCUCAACUUUGCGUGGAUGAUCCAUCAUUCAAAGAGUCUGUAAGGACGUUAAAAUUUGUUCCAACUAUCAAUGAUGGAUUAAAAACUGCUCAAUCUCUUUAUGAUCCUCGUGUAGAAGAACUAUAUGCUCUUCUUGAAGAUUCAGAUAGUUUUCCUUGUGGCUUAUUUCAAGAUCCUGGUAUUCUGGAUAUGCUUCUGUGUCUGGGUUUAAGGACAUCAGUAUCUGUUGACACAAUCAUGCAAAGUGCUCGCCAGGUUGAAUCAUUAAUGUACAAGGAUCAGUCUAAGGCUAAUUUGCGGGGUAAGGUCCUUCUUUCCUACCUUGAAGUUAACGCAGUUAAAUGGCUGUAUAAUGCAUCACCUGACAGUCGAACAAAGGUCAGGACUAUGUUUUCAAAAGUCGCUACGGCAAUCAAGCCUCGUGACGUGCCUUCGGAGGUCGAUCUUGAAAAAUUCUGGACUGAUUUGAGAGCGAUUUGCUGGUGCCCAGUGCUGACAACAUCUCCUCAUUCAGCUUUGCCAUGGCCUUCAGUGAGAUCAAUGGUUGCUCCCCCUAAGCUCGUUAGAGUAAAGUCAGAUAUGUGGCUUGUUUCUGCAAGCACACGUAUCCUCGAUGGUGAAUGUUCAUCAUCAGCCCUUUCUUUGGGGUUGGGUUGGUCUUUGCCUCCUGGGGGGAGUGUAAUUGCUGCCCAGCUACUUGAACUAGGAAAAAAUAAUGAGCUUGUGACUGAUCAGAUGCUUCGGCAAGAGCUCGCAUUAGCAAUGCCAAAAAUAUACUCUCUGCUAGCAAAAUUGAUUGGAUCAGAUGAAAUGGAUAUUGUGAAAGCAGUUCUUGAAGGGUGUCGGUGGAUUUGGGUGGGAGAUGGGUUUGCAACUGCAACAGAAGUUGUCCUUAGUGGCCAUCUUCAUCUAGCUCCUUACAUUCGAGUCAUUCCAGUUGAUCUUGCGGUUUUUAAGGAAUUGUUCUUGGAACUUGGCGUGAAGGAAUAUUUGAAUCCUAUUGAUUAUGCCGACAUUCUUUGUCGAAUGGCUACUAGAAAGGGUUGCACUCCACUUGAUGGUCCAGAACUUAGAGCAGCCAUUCUGGUAGUACAGCACCUGGCUGAAGUUCAGUUUCUCGAUUUGCGGGUUCAGAUUUAUUUACCUGAUACGUCAUCUAGACUGUUUCUAUCAACUGAUCUAGUUUUCAAUGAUGCUCCUUGGCUGCUUGAUCUAGGAGAGGGCAUAUUUGGAAAUACAUCUAAUGUUACUCUGAAUUCAAAGAGAAAUGUCCAUAAUUUCGUCCAUGGUAACAUCUCAAAUGAUGUUGCAGAAAAACUUGGUGUUCGCUCUCUUCGUCGGCUACUGCUUGCUGAGAGUUCUGAUUCCAUGAACUUGAGCUUGUCUGGUGUUGCUGAAGCCUUUGGACAGCACGAAGCCUUGACAACAAGACUCAAACAUAUUGUUGAAAUGUAUGCUGAUGGGCCAGGGAUUCUUUUUGAACUUGUACAAAAUGCAGAGGAUGCACGGGCUUCUGAGGUGGUUUUCCUGUUGGAUAAAACUCAGUAUGGAACUUCAUCUAUUCUUUCUCCGGAGAUGGCUGAAUGGCAGGGUCCUGCCCUAUAUUGUUUCAACAACUCUGUAUUUAGUCCACAGGACCUCUAUGCUAUUUCACGUAUUGGUCAAGAUAGCAAACUUGAAAAACCUUUUGCUAUAGGGAGGUUUGGGCUUGGUUUCAAUUGUGUUUAUCACUUUACAGAUAUUCCUGGCUUUGUUUCUGGGGAUAACAUUGUUCUUUUUGACCCUCAUGCAUGCCAUCUUCCUGGAAUCUCUCCAACUCACCCAGGCCUGAGGAUAAAAUUUGUCGGAAGAAGGAUCUUAGACCAGUUUCCUGAUCAGUUCUCUCCAUUCUUGCACUUUGGUUGUGAUUUACAACAAUCAUUUCCUGGUACCCUUUUUCGCUUUCCUCUCAGGAAUGAAAUGGCUGCUUCUAGAAGUCAAAUAAAGAGAGAAAAAUAUUCCCCUGAAGAUGUAGAGUUGCUUUUCUCUUCAUUUUCUACAGUUGUAUCUGAGACUUUGCUUUUUCUUCGUAAUGUCAAAAAGAUCAGUGUUUUUGUGAAAGAGGGGCCUGGAAAUGAUAUGCAGCUCAUUCAUCGUGUUUCUAAACAGAAUAUUAGUGGGCUUGCGAAAGAACCACAUCCACUUCAUGCGAUGCUCAAUUUUGUUAAUGGAAUCCAGCAAAACGGAAUGGAUAAAAACCAAUUUUUGAGUAGGUUGGAUAAGACCAUGGACAGAGAUCUGCCAUGGUGUUGUCAGAAAGUUGCAGUUAUGGAAGAAAGUCCAUCUAACCGCAUUGCACAUCACUGGAUGAUCAGUGAAUGUAUUGGUGGAGGAAAUGCUAAAAAUAAAUCUGUCAGCUUGGGUAACAGAUCACAUAAUUUUAUUCCUUGGGCAUCUGUCGCCGCAUACCUUCAUUCUGUAAAUGUUAAUGAUGCAGAUGAUUCUGAGAAUUCUGAAGGAGCUUUGCAAUCUUGUGAAAAUUCAAUGCAAGACAGGAAACAUGUUGAUGGACGAGCUUUUUGCUUCCUGCCUCUACCAAUCAUUACUAGCCUUCCAGUACAUAUUAAUGCGUAUUUUGAAUUAUCAUCUAACAGACGAGAUAUCUGGUUUGGUAAUGACAUGGCAGGAGGCGGGAAGACACGUUCCGAGUGGAAUAUCUGCCUUCUUGAAGAUGUUGUUGCUCCUGCUUACAGUCGGUUGCUUGGUUGCAUUGCAGAAGAGAUUGGUCCAUCUGAUCUGUUCUUUUCGUUUUGGCCCACUUCUUCAGGGCUUGAGCCAUGGGCAUCAAUGGUGCACAAGUUCUAUCUGUCAACUGCUGAUCUUGGACUUCCUGUUUUGUAUACAAAAGCUAGAGGAGGACAGUGGAUCUCAACAAGGCAAGCUAUUUUCCCUGAUUUUACAUUUCCUAAGGCAGUUGAACUUGCUGAGGCAUUAUCAGAUGCUGGUUUGCCCAUGGCCACAGUCUCUGAGCCAAUUGUAGAUAGAUUUAUGGAGGCUUGCCCGUCUCUACAUUAUUUGAAUCCCUGCCUACUGAGGACUUUGUUGAUUCGUCGCAAGCGUGGUUUUAAGGACAAGGAAGCGAUGUUGAUUGCAUUAGAGUAUUGUUUGACUGACAUGAAAGGAUCAUCAUUCUCUGAUAAUUUGGUUGGACUACCUUUGGUUCCUUUGGCAACUAGCUCAUUCACUAUGUUUAGUAAGCGAGGAGAGGGUGAAAGAAUAUUCAUUACAUCGCCAAUAGAAUAUGAUCUUCUUAAGAAUUCAGUCCCACAUCUUCUUGUAGACCGUGCAAUUCCAAGUGGAGUUUUCAAGAAGUUACAAGAUAUUGCUCAGUCGGGGUUGACAAAUAUGUAUGAGUUGACAUGCCAUUCUCUUGUGGAACUCUUCCCUAGGAUUCUUCCAGCUGAAUGGGAGCAUGCUAAGCAGGUGUCUUGGGAUCCUGGUCAACAAGGCCAACCGACUUUAGAAUGGAUUGGGAUGCUGUGGAGCUAUUUGCGGUCUUCAUGCACUGACCUUAAGAUAUUUUCCAAAUGGCCCAUACUGCCUGUUGGGAGUGGCCAUCUCUUUCAGCUUUCUGAAAGUUCAUAUGUAAUUAGAGAUAAAGAAUGGAGUGAGAACAUGUCUUCUUUAUUGCAGAAACUAGGAUGUGUCUUUUUAAGGUCUGAUCUUCCACUAGAUCACCCUCAGUUAAAGUACUUCGUUCAGGAUGCAACAGCCAGUGGCAUUAUAAAUGCUGUGCAAGCAGUUGGUUCCAAUUUACUCGAUUUUAAGGAGUUGUUCUUGAAUGCCUCCAGAGGAGAAAUGCAUGAGCUUCGGAGUUUUAUUUUCCAGUCUAAGUGGUUCUCUGCAGAUCAGAUGAAUUCGAAGCAUAUUGAGACUAUCAAGCAUCUUCCAAUAUUUGAGGCUUACAGAAGCAGAAAGCUCACAUGUUUAACUAACCCCUCAAAGUGGCUCAAACCAGAUGGUAUACACGACGAUCUUCUGGAUGACAAUUUUAUACAAACAGAUUCAGAUAGGGAAAAGAGCAUCCUAAGAUGCUAUGUAGGUAUUAAAGAAGCUUCAAGAGCUGAAUUUUACACGGAACACGUGCUAAACCAUAUGUCAAGAUUCCUUUCAGAGCCAGGCAUUCUUUCUGCAAUCCUACAUGAUGUAAAGCUUUUAAUGGAACAGGAUACUGCAAUAAGAACUGCAAUAUCUGAAAUCCCUUUUGUUUUAGCAGCCAAUGGGUCCUGGCAACAUCCUUCCAGGCUAUAUGAUCCUCAUGCACCAGGGUUGCAGAAUUUGUUGCACAAAGAAGUUUUCUUUCCUUGUGACAAGUUUUUAGAUGCUGGCAUACUCGAAUUAUUAGCAAGUAUGGGACUUAAGAGAGCCUUGAGUUUUACUUGUUUACUUGAUAGUGCCAGAUCAGUGUCGAUGUUGCAUGAUUCAGGGAACGUGGAUGCACUCACUCGUAGUCAGAGGUUACUUGUUUAUCUGAAUGCUCUUGGGUCCAAGCUCUCAGAUGCUAAUGUUGAACCAAGUAACCAAGACACUGCUAGUCUAAUGCUAAACAAGACUGCUGGUUCACUUGAUGAAGAAACACAGGAUGAAAUGCAAAAAGAUGGGUAUGAUAUAUGCGAUCAGGACGUGCAAUUCUUUCUUUCCAAUUUCAUUUCUGAUUUAUCAGAAGAGGAAUUUUGGUCAGAAAUUAGGACCAUUGCAUGGUGUCCUGUUUCUAUUUCUCCACCUUUUCGUGAACUUCCAUGGUUCGCAUCAGAUAAACAUGUUGCACCUCCAAACAUCACGAGACCUAGAUCACAGAUGUGGAUGGUCUCAUCCAAAAUGCGAAUUCUGGACAGUGAUUACUGCUCAAAUUACAUACAACACAAACUUGGCUGGCUAGACUCACUGGAUGUAGAAGUUCUCACCACUCAGUUAGUUGAGAUCUCCAAGUCCUACAAUGAUCUUAAACUGCAACAUGAAGAAGAAUCUUUUAUUGAUGCUAUUUUAGAAAGGGAAAUCCCAUCAAUAUAUUCAAAAUUGCAGGGAUUUGUUGAUACUGAUGAUUUCAAAAUUCUGAAAGAGGCUUUGGGUGGUGUUUCCUGGGUAUGGAUAGGGGAUAAUUUCAUAUUACCACAAGCACUUGCAUUUGACUCUCCUGUAAAAUAUCCUCCUUAUCUAUACGCUGUACCAUCCGAACUUUCAGAUUUCAGAGACUUGCUCUCAAAGUUGGGUGUGAAAUCAACCUUUGAUGCCAUCGAUUAUGUUCGUGUCCUACAAUGCCUGCAACACGAUCAGAAAGAAGAACCAUUAUCAGAUGAGCAGUUGAGUUUUGUACAUCGCGUUUUGGAAGCUUUUGCCGACUGUUCUGCCGAACAUCCUUUAGAUGAUUCUUUGAUGAACUCACUAUUGAUUCCUGAUUCUUCUGGGGUUUUAAUGCAUCCUUCUAAUCUUGUGUAUAAUGAUGCACCGUGGUUGGAGAAAAAUGGUUCCAAUGCAAAGCAUUUUGUACAUCCUUGUAUUACUAAUCAUCUAGCACAAAAGCUGGGGAUUCAAUCCCUUCGCUGCUCGUCAUUAGUUGAGGAAGAGAUGACUAGGAAUUUACCGUGCAUGGAUUAUGCUAGAAUAUGUGACCUUCUAGCUUUAUAUGGGGACGUCAAUUCUAUGUUGUUUGACCUUCUAGAGAUGGCGGAUUGCUGCAAGGCGAAGAAACUGCAUUUGAUAUAUGAUAAACGUGAACAUUCAAGACAAUCUUUAUUGCAGCAUAAUCUUGGUGACUUCCAAGGUCCUUCUCUGACCGUAGUACUGGAAGGGGCCACUUUGAGCGUGGAAGAUGUGUGUGGUCUUCAGUUACCUCCUCCAUGGAAAAUUCAGGGCAAUGCACUCAAUUAUGGGCUAGGAUUGAUUAGCAGUUACUUCAUAUGUGAUCUCCUGACAAUUAUUUCAUCAGGCUACUUCUUCAUUUUCGAUCCUCUUGGUCUGGCCCUUGCAACAACAUCAAAUACUGGUCCCGCAGCCAAACGAUUCUCCUUGAUAGGGACAGGUUUGAUGGAGAGAUUCCAUGAUCAGUUUAAUCCAAUGCGUAUUAGACAGGGUCUUUCAUCGUCCACCUCUGAUUCAACAGUUAUACGUAUGCCUUUAUCAUCAAAAUACUUGAAAGAGCUUGAAAAUGGUUCUAAGAGAGUAAAGCUCAUCUUUGACCAUUUCAUUAGCCAUGCAUCUUCAUCACUUCUGUUCUUAAAAUCAGUUUUACAGGUCUCAUUAUCAACAUGGGAGGAGGGAAAUUUACAACCAUCCUUGGAGUAUUCUGUUUCUAUUGACCCAUCAUCUUCUAUUAAGAGGAAUCCUUUUUCCGAAAAGAAAUGGAGGAAGUUUCAGCUAUCUAGAUUAUUUAGUAGUUCAAGUGCAGCUAUAAAAAUGCAUAUUAUAGCUGUUUGUGUGAUUCAUGGUGAUAGAAAUUUCAUUGACGAAUGGCUUGUUGUGCUUUGCUUGGGAUCUGGACAAACACGUAAUAUGGCUCUUGAUAGGCGGUAUCUCCCUUACAACCUGACGCCGGUUGCUGGCAUUGCUGCGCACAUUUCUCAUAAUGGACGACCUAAAACUGCUCCCUCAUCCAGCUGCGUUCUUUCUCCUCUUCCCUUAUCUGGAGCUAUAAGCAUUCCUGUGACUGCUCUUGGAUAUUUCCUUGUAUGUCACAAGGGUGGGCGCUAUCUUUUCAACCGUCCAGAUGAAAUGAGUCUGCAAGAUCUGCAGUAUGAUGCUAAGAGUCAGUUAACUGAGGCUUGGAAUAAAGAACUAUUAUUAUGUGUUCGUGAUUCUUAUGUUGAAAUGGUUUUGGAAUUUCAAAAGCUCAGGAAGGAUCCCUUAACUUCUUCGAUUGAAACUGGUGCUGCACGGGCUAUAAGUUAUACUUUGCAGGCAUAUGGUGAUAAAAUUUAUUAUUUCUGGCCAAGAUCUAGACAGAGACCAGCAACCUCUUAUGAAAUUGAUGCUGUUGGCCAGAGUUCAAGUUUAACUAAAGCAACUGAAGCUGAUUGGGAAUCAUUAAUUGAACAAGUGAUAAGGCCAUUUUAUGUGCGUCUUGUCGAUCUUCCUGUCUGGCAGCUUUAUAAUGGAAAUGCUGUGAAAGCUGAUGAAGGCAUGUUUUUGUCUCAACCAGGGAGUGAAAAUGGUGAAAACUUGCCACCAUCUACAGUUUGUAAUUUCAUUAAAGAACAUUACCCAGUAUUUUCUGUGCCAUGGGAAUUGGUCAAGGAACUUCAGGCUAUUGGAGUGAAGGUGAGAGAAAUCAAGCCUAAAAUGGUCCGAAAUCUACUUAGGUCUUCCAAAUCUGUUCAUCUUCGGUCUAUUGAAGCAUAUGUAGAUGUAUUGGAUUAUUGUUUGUCUGAUAUUCAACUGCAGAGGUCGUCAGAAUUGGUUGGGAGCGGUGCAUCUGCAGUGAAUAAUAGUUCCGACGAUGUAGUUGGUAUGCCAGUUGAAACUCUCCAUAUGCCUAUGAAUGCAGCACCUUCAUCAAACUCAGACAUGCAAAGGUCACAUUAUGGUAUUUCCCAGAGCUCAAGCACUUCAGGGGGUGAUGCACUUGAAAUGGUAACAUAUUUUGGCAAGGCUCUAUAUGACUUCGGUCGUGGGGUUGUCGAGGAUAUUGGCAGGGCAGGUCCUCUUUCUGAUACAUCAAUAACAGAUCGAUCAUUGCCAUCCAUAGCAGCUGAGCUCAAAGGGAUGCCAUUUCCAACUGCAGCCAACAGCCUUGCAAGAUUGGGUACGAUUGAACUGUGGGUUGGGAACAAGGAGCAGCAACUGCUCAUGCGUCCUCUAGCAGCUCAUUUUAUUCACCCACAAUGCUUAGAGAAAUCUCUUCUGGCCGAGUUUCUCUCCGACCAGACUAUCAACAGGUUUUUGAAGAUGAAGAGUUUCUCUCCACUGUUGCUAUCGGGUCAUAUGAAGUAUCUCUUUGAUGAACAAUGGGUGAAUCGUGUUGUUGCUAGUAACAAUGCUCCUUGGGUUUCAUGGGAUAACAAUACAACUUCAUCAAGUGGAUCUCCAACUCCUGAAUGGAUACGUCUCUUCUGGAAAGUCUUUUGGGACUUGAAGGCUGAUCUUUCCUUUGUUUCUGAUUGGCCUUUAAUUCCUGCAUUUUUAAAUCAUCCAGUUUUAUGCCGCGUUAAAGAGAACCGACUAGUAUUUGUACCACCAAUUGCUGAACUGCCACUUAUUCCCACUGUUCCAAACUCAAGUAGUGAAGAUGCUGAGGUGUUGUGGACUUCUGGGAAUAAUGUUGCAGAAUUUGAAAUGCUGGAGCCUACUGGUAAUGAAGUUGUGGAAUCUGAACUAAACAAGUCUUAUUUAAAUGCAUUUGAAUUGAUGAAAACAAGAUAUCCCUGGUUACUGGGUCUAUUGAAUCAGUUGAAUAUACCUGUAUAUGAUAUGUCAUUCAUAGACUGUGGAGCAUCUUACUUUUUUCCUGCACCUGGUCAAUCACUUGGGCAGGUAAUUGUAUCCAGGUUACUUGCCAGUAAACUUGCUGGUCAUUUUUCUGAGCCAACUCAUUUGUUGAAUGAGGACCGCGAUAGACUAUUCACCCUAUUUGCGUCUGAUUUUAUACCAUCGGAAGGAUGUGUAUACAAAAGAGAAGAGCUAGACAUGUUGAGAGAACUUCCUAUAUAUAAAACAGUCAAAGACACCUAUACAAGGUUGCUGGGUUUUGAUAAAUGUAUAGUUUCUCCAACUGCAUUUUUUCAUCCUCGUGAUGAACGAUGUCUCGCUUAUUCGAUGGAUGCAAGUAUGUUUCUGCAUGCUCUUGGAGUCAGUGAGCUAAGUGAUCAGGAAGUGCUUGUGAAAUUUGCUUUACCUGGAUUUGACCAAAAACCUUCCAGAGAACAGGAGGAUAUUUUGUUAUAUGUUUAUCAGAAUUGGAAAGAUCUGCAGCUAGAUUCUGCUACUGUGGACGCUUUGAAGGAGACUAAUUUUUUACGGAAUGCAAAUGAACUUUGCUUGGAGUUAUUCAAACCAAGGGACCUGCUUGAUCCAAGUGACCCUUUACUUACAUCGAUUUUCUUGGGGGAGCAGAACAGGUUUCCUGGUGAGAGAUUCACAGCAGAUGGAUGGCUUCAUAUUUUACGGAAAGUAGGCCUUCGGACAUCCUCAGAAGGUGACAUGAUAGUUGAAUGUGCACAAAAAAUAGAACUGCUCGGGAAAAAAGCGAUGACAGAUACAGCAGAUCCUGAUGAUUUUGAGGCAGAAUUUUCUGGUAAUAGAAAUGAGGUUUCAUUUGAAUUAUGGUCCCUAGCUGGAUCUGUUGUGGAUUCAAUAUUUUCCAACUUUGCAACUCUGUAUGACCAUAGUUUUUGUGAAAAGAUUGGGAAGAUUGCAUUUGUACCGUCUGAAAAAGGUCUUCCUAGUAUUGGUGGUAAAAAAGGUGGAAAAAGGGUCCUCUCUUCAUAUAUGGAAGCAAUAUUGUUGAAAGAUUGGCCUCUGGCCUGGAGUUCUGCUCCCAUUCUUACUAAGCAGAAUGUCAUUCCUCCUGAAUAUUCAUGGAGUGCAUUUCAUUUUAGGAGUCCUCCUGCAUUUUCAGUAGUUUUGAAGCAUUUACAGAUUGUUGGAAGAAAUAAUGGUGAAGAUACCCUCGCACACUGGCCAAUGACAUCAGGCAUGAUGACAGUUGAAGAUGCAUCAUUUGAAAUUUUAAAAUAUCUCGACAAGAUUUGGGGCACACUGUCUUCUUCAGAUAUUGUGGAGUUGCAGAAAGCAGCAUUCAUUCCAGUUGCAAAUGGCACUCGCUUGGUCACAGUGAAGUCUUUGUUUGUUCGUCUGACAAUUAAUCUUUCACCAUUUUCAUUUGAACUCCCUAGUCUUUACCUUCCAUUUGUAAACAUCCUUAAAGAAAUGGGGAUACAAGAGGUUCUUUCCAUUACCUAUGCAAGAGAUCUUCUGUUAAACAUCCAAAAGUCAUGUGGGUAUCAACGUCUUAAUCCAAAUGAACUCCGUGCUGUGAUGGAGAUCUUGAAUUUUAUUUGUGACGGGGAAAUGCAGGCAAGGUCAGACAGAUCAGAGUGGAUAUGUGAUGCUAUAGUGCCAGAUGAUGGAUGCAGGCUUGUCCUAGCAAGAUCUUGUGUAUAUGUUGACCCCUACGGAUCCCAAUUUCUUGGCAACAUAGACACUUCGAGGUUAAGAUUUUCUCACCCAAUGCUUCCUGAAAAUAUUUGCAUAACCCUGGGCAUAAAAAAGCUUUCUGAUAUUGUUACGGAGGAAUUAGAUGAUGAGCUGCAACUGCAAGUCAUGGAUCAGAUAGGAUCAAUUCCUGUCAAUAAUAUAACAGAGAAGCUCCUGAGUAAAUCAUUACAAGAUGCUGUGUGGAUUUUGAUUAAUAGUUUAACCAAUCAUUUCCCUUCAUUCAAAGGGAUGGCUUCCUCACAAAUACAGAAUUUACUCGGGCAUAUAGCAAAAACUUUGCAGUUUGUUCAAUGUCUCUACACUCGGUUUAUUCUACUUCCAAAAUACCAAGAUGUUACACGGACAACCAAGGGCUCUGUUAUUCCUGAAUGGGAGGGCUCCAGGAAGCAUCGAACUGUCCAUUUUAUCGACAAGUCAAAAUCCCGUAUUUUAGUUGCAGACCUUCCAAGUUAUAUGUCUAUCUAUGAUGUGAUUGCUGUUGUUGUCAGCCAAGUGUUGGAGGCACCAGCAACAUUACCUAUUGGACCCCUCUUUGCUUGCCCAAAUGGCUCGGAGAAAGCAAUCCUUAAUGCACUUAAGCUCGGCUCUGAAAGGGGAGUGAGUAAACAUGAAGGCAGGAAUCAAACAUUAGUCGGAAAGGAGUUAUUUCCACAGGAUGCUCUAUUGGUGCAGUUCCUUCCCAUGCGUCCAUUUUAUACUGGGGAAAUAGUGGCAUGGAAGACAGGACGAGAUGGGGAAAAACUUAGGUAUGGCAGAGUUCCAGAAGAUGUAAGGCCAACUGCUGGUCAAGCACUUUACAGAUUUCCUGUGGAAAUUGCACAUGCAGAGACCCACGUUUUACUAUCUACUCAAGUUUUCUCAUUUAGAAGUGUCUCAAUGGAAGAUGAGGCUUCCACAUCGUUCACACAAGUGGAGAAUGAAGCUAUAAUUGAUAAUACUAUGUCGCAUAUCCAGGAAACCGAGGAUGGUGUAAAUAGGAAACAAGCACAUCAGGUUGCCAAUGAGCUGCAGUAUGGAAGAGUGUCUUCAACGGAACUUGUGCAAGCAGUCCAUGACAUGCUUUCAGCUGCUGGGAUCAAUAUGGAUGUUGAGAAGCAGACACUUAUUCGGACAACUCUUACUCUGCAAGAACAGGUGAAAGAAUCUCAGGUGGCCCUCUUGGUCGAGCAGGAAAAAGCUGAUGCAGCCAUCAAAGAAGCUGAUGCAGCCAAAUCAGCAUGGUCAUGCCGAAUAUGUCUGAGUGCUGAAGUCAAUACUACCAUUGCCCCUUGUGGUCACGUUCUCUGUCACAGAUGCUCCUCUGCUGUGACCCGUUGCCCAUUUUGUCGCUGCCAAGUUUCCAAAACAAUCAAAAUUUAUCGACCAUAAGAAUUUCUCUAUCACAUGCUGAAUCAAAUACGACUCUCAUGCCCCUUUAAAUUGAAGGGGAUGAAUGACAAUGUGGUAGUUUAGUUAGGGUCCCCAUAGUUUCCUCAAAAGUGUUUUGAUAGUGUAUAAAGUUCAUGUAAAGAAAUCAAUUAUCAUUCAUUCGAACCACUAACAUUUGAAUUCAGCAGUGUAAAUAGAAAGAUCCAACGUUGAGAAUGUACAGUCAAAUGUUUGAAAAGCUAUAGUAAGGAGGAUCCCCAGCCCGUUUGGUCAGCUGAGAUAUUGAAGUAAGAUAUUCCCUUGUACAAAUUAAGCAUGUAAUACGUUAGCAUCAAGAACAAAAUUAAGUUCCUGCAGUAAGAUAUCUUAUUGCUUUCUAUUGUUAGUAAAGUCAGUGAAUCAAAUUA